AUGGCUCCAGUUGAAUACGAUGCAAUUGUUGUUGGCGGCGGCUUCGGCGGCGUCUACACUACCUACCAACUCCGUGAACUUGGUUACAAUGUUCAUUCUUUUGAAAAGGGUUCCUUCAUCGGAGGAAUCUGGUACUGGAAUAAGUACCCUGGUGCUCGUGUCGAUUCUGAUGUUCCUGUCUACCAACUUUGGCUUGAGCAGAUUUACAAGGACUGGGAUUUCAAGGAACGCUUCCCUGGCUGGAAGGAACUCAACGAGUACUUUGCCCACGUCGACAAAAAAAUUCAAAUUUCUAAAAACUACUCUUUCAACACAUUUGUCAGUGCCUGCCACUUUGAUGAAAAAUCUGGAAAAUGGACUGUUACUACCAACGGUGAAGAUGCCGGCACCUUCAUUGCUAAACACCUAGUAGUGUGCACUGGCUUUGCUGCUAAAAAAUACAUCCCAGACUUCAAGGGUCUUGACAAAUACAAGGGUAUCAUGCACCACACUUGUGAGUGGCCCGGUGACGAUGUUGACUUCAAGAACAAGAAGGUCGCCGUUGUGGGUACUGGUGCAUCCGGUGUCCAGGUCAUCCAGGAAGUCGGACCCAUUGUUGAGGAUUUGACCGUAUACCAGCGUACUCCUAAUAUUGCCAUCCCCAUGCGUCAGCGUGCUGUUACCCAUGAAGAACAAGAGGCUCGUCGUGCUGACUAUGACAAGGUCUUUGCUAAGACUCUUACUGAUGGAUAUACCGCCGGCUUCGAGUUUGGAUUCGAUCCUCGAAGUGCUUUGGAAGUUACCGACGAGGAACGUGAAGCCCACCUUGAGAAAUGCUGGGCUACUGGUGGUUUCCAUUUCUGGGUUGCUACCUUCCAAGAUGUUUGGACCAACUUGGAAGCUGAUAAGUACCAAUACGAGUUCUGGCGCCGUAAGACUCUUGAGCGUCUUACUCGUCCCGAAUUAUAUGAGAAACUGGCCCCUGCUGUGGCUCUCAACCCCUUCUGCUCAAAGAGACCAUGCCUUGAACAAACUUACUACGAGGUCUACAACCAGCCCAAUGUCGACAUUGUUGAUCUUCGUCAGGAACCUAUUCUCGAGUUCACCGAGAAGGGUAUCAAAACUGCCAAUGGUGAGAAGGAAUUUGAUAUCAUUGUUCUUGCAACUGGUUUCGAUGCUGUUACUGGUGGUUUGACUCAAAUGGAUAUUCGUGGUAUUCAUGGCGAAACUCUUGCUGAUAAGUGGGAGACUGGUGGUCUUCGCACUUAUCUUGGUGUUGCCGUCAAUGACUUCCCCAACAUGUACUUUAUGUAUGGACCUCAGGGCCCCACUGCCUUUUCCAAUGGUCCCACCUGUGCCCAGAUCCAAAGCAAUUGGAUUGUCAAACUUAUUCAAUACACUGACAAGCACAAUCUUAAGUAUGUGCAACCUUCUGAGGCUGCUGAAGAAGAAUGGGCUCAAAAUGUUCUUGAUGUCAGCAAUCAGACAUUGGUUGGAUUGGCUAAGACUUCAUGGUAUAAUGGUACCAAUAUUCCUGGCAAGAAGAUUACAGGUCCUUUGAACUAUCUUGGUGGCAUUCCAAGAUAUUACCGGGAGAUCAAUGCAGAGGAAGACAAGGAUUACGAGAGCUUUAUCAAAGUCGCUGCCUAG